CUGGACCACCUAGAAGAAUACUGUCUUCGGCAAAGUUGCUCAGAAGUCUAAGAGCUUUCACAUAGUAAACAAUUUAGUUCGAGAAUCACUCACUGCGUGGCGCUAGUGUUCUUAGGAGCUUUCAGUUCAAUCUGAACGUCGUAUAUCUCGUGUUAUGAACCACUUAGAAGGAUACUGCCUUCGGCAAAGUUGCUCAGAAGUCUAAGAGCUUUCACAUAGUAAACAAUUUAGUUCGAGAAUCACCCACUGCGUGGCGCUAGUGUUCCUAUAAGCUUCCAGUUCAGUCUGAACGUCGUAUAUCUCGCGUUCUGGACCACCUAGAAGGAUACUGUCUUUAGCAAAGUUGCUCAGAAGACUAAGAGCUUUCACAUAGGAAACAAUUUAGUUCGAGAAUCACUCACUGCGUGGCGCUAGUGUUCCUAUAAGCUUCCAGUUCAGUCUGAACGUCGUAUAUCUCGCGUUCUAGACCACCUAGAAAGAUACUGUCUUCGGCAAAGUUCCUCAGAAGACUAAGAGCUUUCACAUAGGAAAUAAUUUAGUUCGAAAAUCACUCACUGCGUGGCGCUAGUGUUCCUAUAAGCUUCCAGUUCAGUCUGAACGUCGUAUAUCUCGCGUUCUAGACCACCUAGAAAUAUACUGUCUUCGGCAAAGUUGCUCAGAAGACUAAGAGCAUUCACAUAGAUAACAAUUUAGUUCGAAAAUCACUCACUGCGUGGUGCUAGUGUUCCUAUAAGCUUCCAGUUCAGUCUGAACGUCGUAUAUCUCGCGUUCUGGACCACCUAGAAGGAUACUGUCUUCGGCAAACUUCCUCAGAAGACUAAGAGCUUUCACAUAGGAUACAAUUUAGUUCGAAAAUCACUCACUGCAUGGCGCUAGUGUUCCUAUGAGCUUCCAUUUCAGUCUGAACGUCGUAUAUCUCGCGUUCUGGACCACCUAGAAGGAUACUGUCUUCGGAAAAGUUGCUCAGAAGUCUAAGAGCUUUCACAUAGUAAACAAUUUAGUUCGAGAAUCACUCACUGCGUGGCGCUAGUGUUCUUAGGAGCUUUGAGUUCAAUCUGAACGUCGUAUAUCUCGUGUUCUGGACCACUUAGAAGGAUACUGCCUUCGGCAAAGUUGCUCAGAACAAAUAAUUUAGUCCAAGAAUCACUCACUGCGUGGCGCUAGUGUUCUUAGCAGCUUCCAGUUCAGUCUGAACGUCUUAUAUCUCACAUUUUGAACAUCUUAGAAGGAUACUGCCUUGCGAAAAGUUACUCGGCAGAUUGAGAGCUUUCAAAUAGAAUACAAUUUAGUUCGAGAAUCACUCACUGCGUAGCGCUAGUGCUCUUGAUUGCUUCCAGUUUAGUCUGAACGUCGUUUAUCUUGCGAUCUGGACCACUUAGAAAAGUAACUUGGGAAAAGUUACUCAGAAGAUUGAUAGCUUUCACAUAGAAUACAAUUUAGUUCGAGAAUCACUCGCUAUGUGGCGCUAGUGCACUUGGGAGAUUCCAGUUUAGUCUGAACGUCGUAUAUCUCGCGAUCUGAACCACUUAGAAGGAUACUGUCUAGGGAAAAAAUGAUCGAAAGACUAAGAGCUUCCGCAUAGAAAACAAUUUAGUUCAAGACGGAAUCUACUUCAGGAUUCCCUUGUGAAAUUUCAGUAGCAAUUCCUUUGGAAAGUCAUUCGGUAAUUUCUUGAGGGUGCCUUCAGCUAUUUCAACAUUCAAACGUAUUUGGAAAUUGCUUCUUGAAAUGUUCUGAAUUUUAAUGUUUGAUGGUCUUCUUGAAAAUACCUUGAUUUUUGGAAAUUCCUAAGGUAAUUCCGAUGAGCUUUUCUCCGGCCAUGCCAUUGUGUUUUUUUUUUUCAUUUUGUGAGGAGUAUCUAAUUGAAUUUCCAAAGUAAUAACAAACGAAAUUCUGUAAGGAUUUUCUAAAGGAGUUUCCAAUGCUGAAAGAAUACUGAAGAAAUUUUAAAAAAUUCAAUUUUGCAAAGAGCUGUCGAAAGAAUAACAAAAGUAAUUGUCAGCUAAAUUUCCAAAGGGAUUGCAGAUAAAACUUCCAAAGAAAGCCGGUAUGAACCUGCCUACGGCAGAAAAUUCCCGAAUAAAGAGAUAAAAGAAAACUUCCAAAGAAAUUGAUAAAGGAAAUCCCGUAAGAGUUGCCUGAUAAGUUUGCACACCUUCUUCAGCCAAAGACCACAGACUGUAUAUAACUUACACUAGACAACGGAUUACAUGUAAGACUGUAAGAUAUCCAGUGGCUCAAUGAAGAAGUUUCCGUUUGGCGAAAAUUUUCUCCCGACCGGGAUGAGAAUCGAACCCACAAUUCGUGGCUUACAAUACGCCUAAAAGGCUGGCGUUACUAACAGUACAAUCACGAACCCCACAGUUAUGCUGUAGGUAUUUUCAAAUAUUACUGCUGAGAAAUUUCCAAAAGAUUUAUCGAACAAAAUUUCAAAGAAUUGCCGAAAUAGAAAACCCAAAAAACUUAUAUGAAGUUUUGGAUCAAAUCCACUAAAUAUUGCUAAAGGAUUUUCAAAGAAUUUGCUGAAGAAAUUCCGCCAAAAGGAAAUUCGAAAUAUUUUCGCAGAGUUACUUUUACGGAAUUCGCCAAAACGAUUUGCAAAAGAAAUACCGAAUCAGUAAGAAUUGGCACAUAUGUUUCCAAAAGAAUGUUACAAAUAUUCCUAAAGUAAUAAGCAUAGGGUUUUCCAAUUGAAUUGUAAAAAAAAAAAAGAACUUUCAGACGGGGUUCCCAAAGAAAUUUCCGUAGAAGAAAUUUUUUGAAAAAGUCCACAAAGCCAUUGCCGAAGCAAAUGUUACAUAAGUUCCUGAAAAAUCUUGAAAACUUUCACCAAAGAAUUUUUUUAUCUAUUCGUAUAAUUGGAAGGCACAAGCGCCACAUGGGCAUAACUGAGCCAAAAUCUUUUGUUAUUACAUUGAUUUUACAUUUUUCAAUUUAUUACUGCCUUAAAACUAUGUUAGUUUGGGAAGCCGAAGUACUCGCGGCUGUUUCGAGGUUAAGGAUUGAAAAUAAAAUAAAAUAAAAUAAAAUAAAAUUGGGAAGGAUGGAUUAAUGGGUUUAAAACAAAAUUUUUUGCUUACUUAUUCUAAAAACAUUGAUGGGUCAAAUUGUCCAUAUCUGUAACGGAACCAAAAAGAAAGGACUUUAUCGGAAGACAACGACAAGAAGGGGACAAAGGGAAGGCGGGCGACGACAGACAGGGGCGUACAACAAAACCAAAAGGCGGACAACGAAAACAAGGUACAUAAUACAUCAAACUCUGACAACAACACGUUACAAAAGCUGGUAAAUCAGGUUCAUGUAUUCCAAAUCAAGUCCUGCCAACACUUCUCUAACGGGUUUCUGUUGUUUUCCUCGGACCCGGAGAAUUUCAUGCAGCUCAAAUCUGACCUCAGGAAUUGCUGCACAGAUAUCCAAAGUCGUAACUGAAAAAAAAAUCCGAAUAAACUGCAUGACCCGAGAUUAAACUGACAGCUCCAAAGAGCACAAGUACCACGUUGUGAGAAAAUUUUGAAAUAAACUUUCAAUGUAAAAGCUUCUUUUCUUCUUGGAAGGUUUUACAAACAUAGUAACACGGAUACACAACGAUUAUAUCAAGCUUUCAGCUACUAAGAACAAUACAACCCAAAAAUUUUUAACUAAAAUUUGCCGAGUUAAAAUGUUAAGCAAAAUAUUUGUGAAAAUUCAGCAAGGUUUGCUGAUCUGUUCAGUCAAAUCUACUGAUCACCAUCAACGUUUUGCUGUAACUCAGCAAAUUUUGCCGAAAGUUCAGCAAAAAAGCUUAAUCUUUCAGCUCAUCAAAAUUUGGCUGAAAGCGUCUUGGUGUGUAGCAUCACAUCAUGAAAACUCUUAGUCUUCUGAGUAACUUGGUCGAAGACAGUAUCCUUCUAAGUGGUAGAGAGCGCGAGAUAUACGACGUUCAGACUGAACUGGAAGCUCUUAAGAACACUAGCACCACGCAGUGAGUAAUUUUUGAACUAUUUUUUUCCUAUGUAAAAGCUCUUAGUCUUCUGAACAACUUUGCCGAAGACAGUAUCUUUCUAAGUGGUCCAGAUCACGAGAUAUACGGCAUGUAGACUGAAUUGGAAACUCCUAAGAACAAUAGCGCCACGCAGUGAGUGAUUCUCGAACUAAAUUGUUUACUAUGUGAAAGCUCUUAGUCUUCUGAUCAACUUUGCCGAAGACAGUAUCCUUCUAGGUGGUCCAGAACACGAGAUAUACGACGUUCAGACUGAACUGAAAGCACCUAAGAACACUAGCGCCCCGCAGUGAGUGAUUCUCGAACUAAAUUGUUUUCUAUGUAAAAGCUUUUAGUCCUCUGAGUUACUUUGCAGAAGACAGUAUCCUUCUAAGUGGUCCAGAUCACGAGAUAUACGACGUUCAGACUGAACUGGCAGCUUAUAGGAACACUAGCGCCACUCAGUGAGUGAUUCUCGAACUAAAUUGUUUCCUAUGUGAAAGCUCUUAGUCUUCUGAGUAACUCUGCCGAAGACAGUAUCUUUCUAGAUGGUCCAGAACGCGAGAUAUACGACAUUCAGACUGAACAGGAAACUCAUAGGAACACUAGCACCAUGCAGUGAGUGAUUCUCAAACUAAAUUGUUUUCUAUGCGAAAGAUUUUAUUGUUCUGAGCAACUUUGCCGAAUGGCAUAAUCCUUCUAAGUGGUUCAGAACACGAGAUAUACGACGUUCAGAUUGAACUGAAAGUUCCUAAGAACACUAGCGCCACGCAGUGAGUGAUUCUCGAACUAAAUUGUUUUCCAUGCGAAAGAUUUUAGUCUUCUGAGUGACUUUGCCGAAGACAGUAUCCUUCUUAGUGGUCCAGAACACGAGAUAUACGACGUUCAGACUGAACUAGAAACACCUAAGAAUACUAGCGCCACGCAGUGAGUGAUUCUCUAACUAAAUUGUUUACUAUAUGAAAGCUCUUAGACUUCUGAGCAACUUUGCCGAAGACAGUAUCCUUCUAGGUGGUCCAGAACGCGAGAUAUACGGCGUUCAGACUGAAAUGGAAGCUCAUAGGAACAAAAGCGCCACGCAGUGAGUGAUUUUCGAACUAAAUUGUUUUCCAUGCGAAAGAUUUUAGUCUUCUGAGCAACUUUGCCGAAGACAGUAUCCUUCUAAGUGGUCCAGAACACGAGAUAUACGAAGUUAAGACUGAACUGAAAGCUCAUAGGAACACUAACGCCAUGCGGUGAAUGAUUCUCGAACUAAAUUGUUUUCUUUGCGAAAGCUUUUAAUGUUCUGAGCAACUUUGUCGAAGACAGUAUCCUUCUAGGUGGUCCAGAACGCGAGAUAUACGACGUUCAGACUGAACUGGAAGCUCAUAGGAACACUAGCACCAUGCAGUGAGUGAUUCUCAAACUAAAUUGUUUGCUAUGCGAAAGAUUUUAUUGUUCUGAGCAACUUUGCCGAAUGGCAUAAUCCUUCUAAGUGGUUCAAAACACGAGAUAUACGACGUUCAGAUUGAACUGAAAGUUCCUAAGAACACUAGCGCCACGCAGUGAGUGAUUCUCGAACUAAAUUGUUUUCCAUGCGAAAGAUUUUAGUCUUCUGAGUGACUUUGCCGAAGACAGUAUCCUUCUAAGUGGUCCAGAACACGAGAUAUACGACGUUCAGACUGAACUAGAAACACCUAAGAAUACUAGCGCCACGCAGUGAGUGAUUCUCGAACUAAAUUGUUUACUAUAUGAAAGCUCUUAGACUUCUGAGCAACUUUGCCGAAGACAGUAUCCUUCUAGGUGGUCCAGAACGCGAGAUAUACGGCGUUCAGACUGAAAUGGAAGCUCAUAGGAACAAUAGCGCCACGCAGUGAGUGGUUCUCGAACUAAAUUGUUUCCUAAGUGAAAGCUCUUAGUCUUCUGAGGAAGUUUGCCGAAGACAGUAUCCUUUUAGGUGGUCCAGAACGCGAGAUAUACGACGUUCAGACUGAACUGGAAGCUUAUAGAAACACUAGCGCCACGCAGUGAGUGAUUUUCGAACUAAAUUGUUAUCUAUGUGAAUGCUCUUAGUCUUCUGAGCAACUUUGCCGAAGACAGUAUCCUUCUAGAUGGUCUAGAACGCGAGAUAUACGACGUUCAUACUGAACUGGAAGCUCAUAGGAACACUAGCGCCACGCAGUGAGUGAUUUUCGAACUAAAUUGUUUCCUAUGUGAGAGCUGUCACUCUUCUGAGCAACUUUGCCGAAGACAGUAUCCUUCUAGGUGGUCCAGAACGCGAGAUAUACGACAUUCAGACUGAACUGGAAGCUUAUAGGAACACUAGCGCCACGCAGUGAGUGAUUCUCGAACUAAAUUGUUUCCUAUGUGAAAGCUCUUAGUCUUCUGAGCAACUUUGCCAAAGACAGUAUCCUUCUAGGUGGUCCAGAACGCGAGAUAUACGACGUUCAGACUGAACUGGAAGCUUAUAGGAACACUAGCGCCACGCAGUGAGUGAUUCUCGAACUAAAUUGUUUACUAUGUGAAAGCUCUUAGACUUCUGAGCAACUUUGCCGAAGGCAGUAUCCUUCUAAGUGGUUCAUAACACGAGAUAUACGACGUUCAGAUUGAACUGAAAGCUCCUUAGAACACUAGCGCCACGCAGUGAGUGAUUCUCGAACUAAAUUGUUUACUAUGUGAAAGCUCUUAGACUUCUGAGCAACUUUGCCGAAGACAGUAUCCUUCUAGGUGGUCCAGAACGCGAGAUAUACGACGUUCAGACUGAAAUGGAAGCUCAUAGGAACACUAGCGCCAUGCAGUGAGUGAUUUUCGAACUAAAUUGUUUCCUAUGUGAAUGCUCUUAGUCUUCUGAGGAAGUUUGCCGAAGACAGUAUCCUUCUAGGUGGUCCAGAACGCGAGAUAUACGACGUUCAGACUGAAAUGGAAGCUUAUAGGAACACUAGCGCCACGCAGUGAGUGAUUUUCGAACUUAAUUGUUAUCUAUGUGAAUGCUCUUAGUCUUCUGAGCAACUUUGCCGAAGACAGUAUAUUUCUAGGUGGUCUAGAACGCGAGAUAUACGACGUUCAGACUGAACUGGAAGCUUAUAGGAACACUAGCGCCACGCAGUGAGUGAUUCUCGAACUAAAUUGUUUCCUAUGUGAAAGCUCUUAGUAUUCUGAGCAACUUUGCCGAAGACAGUAUCCUUCUAAGUGGUCCAGAAUGCGAGAUAUUCCACAACUACUGGCAAAAUGUAGUGCUAUCCCACAUGUCCGACAUGGUGCCCUGUGUAGCAGAUUCCCGGUGGCCAAUGAUCCCGGAACCACUAUUUCAACAUAUCAACACAUUCUUGACGUAAUUAUCUAUCAAAUAAGACUUUGGUCAUUUGAAUUGGUGAAAAAAUCAUCAUUCUAUAAGAGUUUGAUUUUCUGGGUCAUAAUGACCCCAAUGCAUUAUUCGUAACUUUUUUUGUGGCGCCAUUUUGGUUUCACCUUAAGAAAUUUUUUUUUUUUUUUCAAAAGACUCGUUUCUGCAAAAUAUUAAAAGUCAAGAAGUUUCAUUACGAUAAGUUAACUAACAAAAGAGAUAUUAAUGCUUGAAAUCGCGUUUUGGGUCAUAAUGACCCUAAUGCACGACGAAGGUUAAGACUAUCGUAGUUGGUGAAAAAAAAAUUAUAUGCACCAUUUUUGCAAUUCUUGCACCUUGGAUCUUACCACGCAAUGUUGAGAAUCACUGAGCCAUGGGGCACCAUUAACACAUACAAUUUCUUAGUAUCUCAUGCACAACCAUGAUGUUCUCAGAAUCAUCUAGGCUAAACUCACGCACCAUCUUCUAACUAAUCAGUGAUGUCAGCACCAUAUUCGAAUAACAUGCACCAUUUUGGCAUUUCGUAUUCCAAAACUAUAUUCCAUGUACGUGAACCAUGGUGACUUCAGCACCACAUUGAAUUUUAAGCACCAUUUUUGCAAUUCGUGCACCUAGCCAUACAAAAUAACGAGUAUCACUGAAUAACAGUGACGACUAAUACAGCACACUAACAUCAUGCACCUUCUUCAAAGCUUUCAAUACACCAUCAUGAUGUCCAAAGAAUGAUCUAGGUAUCCACGUACUAUGAUGAUCGCAUGAAAUGUCUUUUUAUCAAUUAAGUAUCUAAUACCUCAUACUGAUAUGCACCAUCAUGAAACUUCAUGCACCAUCACAGCUCUUCAAGCACCAUUUCAGCGUUUAUCAUAUCAUCUAAAGCACCGUAAUGCCGUGAGCAUCACAUAAAAUACAUUUUUUGUAUGCUAUGCACCAUUUUUGCAAUUCGUGCAAAUAGCUUUAAGCUGAUAAGCUUUAGAAAACGGUGACAACUAAUGCAUCAUCUAGCAUCAUGCACCUUCUUCAAAGCUUUCAAGCCACCAUUUUGACAUUCACUAUAUCAUCUGUAAGCCCCUCGGCUGCUCAGAGGGAUAAUUGUGGGUGGGAAAUUAUGUUGAGCACAGGUCGCUUAUUAUGAUUAGCACCGUCACAAAUACUUACAACACUCCUUCGCCACUCACCUAGGCGGGAGUCGGAUCCUGAAGUUCAAACGACAAAGCAAUCCGAACCAAGGUGGAAAUUUGUUUACAGCGGACUAAUAAGAUCGAGGGUGAGAACCCUUAUCGGGGCACGGUAAAAUCCCGGUAAUCAGACCGUAUAUAAUGUAGGGCUUGCGUUCUUAAAGAAAUGCCAACUACCAAAAUUUCAUCUUACAAAUCUAGAUAUUUAUUGGCCCACGCAGGGGCAUAUAAAUUUAGUUUUGGUUUAACAUGCUUUUUAUGGGUGUACUUGCGGUUUUUGGGGGAUGCUAGCGUUGGAGGGCCCUCCGACAGCAGGUGGCACGAUGUUGCAGCAGGCGACUGGACUCGGGACUAGGUGGUUUGCCGGUGGACUGGACGAGUUUGUCCUUGGGGCCCGGCGGAUUGCCGGCGGAAUGGACGUUGCACCCUUGGUUCACGGAUUAGGUGCUUCUGUACCGACGGUCUGUCGGCUUGACGGAUCUCGGGACCCGGCGGCUUGCCGGUGGAAGUUUCUGUACCGACGGUCGGUCGGCUUGACGGACGAUGGUAGAAAGGACCUGGGGACCCGGCGGCUUGCUCGGGACUAGGCGGUUUGCCGGUGAACUGGACGGGUUUGUCCUUGGGGCCCGGCGGAUUGCCGGCGGAAUGGACGUUGCACCCUUGGUUCACGGAUUAGGUGCUUCUGUACCGACGGUCUGUCGGCUUGACGGAUCUCGGGACCCGGCGGCUUGCUGGUGGAAGUUUCUGUACCGACGGUCGGUCGGCUUGACGGACGAUGGUAGAAAGGACCUGGGGACCCGGCGGCUUGCCGGCGAAAUAUACGGCGCACCCAUGGCCAACGGAUGAGGGCGGGCUUCUGUACCGUCGGCCGGUCGGUUCGGCGGCGGAUUCCAACAAGGACUUCGAGACCCGGCGGUUUGCCGAUGGACUGGACGGCGGUCCGGAUUGGCGAGAGGUUGGUGGCUUGGCUGGUUGGCGGUCGAGAGCGGGGGCUGGCCGUAUCCUAGGCCGGACUCGGAUGGGGAGGCUUCGACGCCGGCGGCUGGCCGAUGUGGUGCUAUUCUGACGGGUUGGCCGGCUUGAAGCAACGGUGAGGUGGUAUGGCUGGAUGUCGGUGGUCUCUGCGAACGACGCGAGGGUAAUGGCCGUGAUGGCCAAUCACGUGGUGGCCGUGGCUACUUUUCAAGAUGGCGGCGGUGUGUUGGCUCUCGAAGACCUGACAAAAUGGCGUCGAUCGCUGUCCUAAACGACCCCAAGCCCCGACACGUGGUGGUUUCGAGUCGUCCUGUCGAGAAUCCGAAAAAGCUCCGGAAGGCGAUUCCGGGCACAGAAAAAGAAAAGGUCCAGUUUUGGACCUAAUCCGGAAUGAUUAGCACAGCACUAAUACGGUCAGUUCCCCUCUUACACCCCCACAAGUACACCACUUAUGAACAAUGGGCUUAUUUUGUUACCUUUUCUUUGAUGCGAUUCCUUUUUCUAUGGUCGUUGGUUGGCUUAUUGUCUUUCCUAUCGGUUUAACCUUAGUUUUAACCCGUUUCGGUCCUAGUUGGGAAUUUAAUUUCAAAAAAUCACUGUGACUUCAUUUUCCAACCGAUUUUUACGAAAUUUUGUACGAAGAUCGCGCUACAUCUCUAGUUGUAUGGAAAAAUUUUUAAUUGGUAUUUUGGUCCUUGGGGUCUGAGUUAUUGAAGGGGUUAUAUGGGUCAAAUCAGGUCAAAAAUGGACCAACUUCCUUUUAACCACUGAUUACUUGUAAAAAACACAUGCAAUAUGAUUGCAAACAUGUUCAAUUAUCUUUUUAUUAUUACAGACGCAUAGUUUGAGUAAAUUGGGAUUGUCUGGUUUUGGUUCCGGAUGUUCCGGAUCGCGUUUAAGGUGCGUUCGGAUGACACUUCUCAAACGUUCCCUACACAUGACAUUUUUUCUCGCAUAAUUCUAAAAACAGGCUUGUCAUGAUUUAUUCUUCAUAAUUUUGUAUGCUAAGUAUAUUGAAGGAAUAUUCAAAGGUUUUUUUUUGGCAUAUUGGCCGCCAUCCCGGAUGUUCCGGGAACCUGGGACCAUCCGGGGAAGUGGCCAUUUUCCAAACAGUUAUGAAACAUGGCUUGCGACAUAUCAAUCUUCAUGAUUUUGCAAAACAAGUUUGUUAGAGGAGAAUUUAAAGGUUUUUGGACACAUUGGCCACAAUUCCGUAUGUUCCGGGAACCUGGAACCACUCGGGGAAGUGGCCAUUUUCCAAACUGUUAUGAAACAUGGAUUGCGACAUAUCAAUCUUCAUAAUUUUGCAAAACAAGUAGGAUAGAGUAGAAUUCAGAGGUUUUUGGACAUAUUGGCCACCAUCCCGGAUGCUCCGGGAACCUGGAACCACCCGGGGAAGUGGCCAUUUUCCAAAUUGUUAUGAAACAUGGCUUGUGACAUAUCAAUCUUCAUGAUUUUGCAAAACAAGUAUGUUAGAGGAGAAUUUAGAGGUUCUUGGGCAUAUUGGUCACAAUUACGGAUGUUCCGGGAACCUGGAACCACCCGGGGAAGUAGCCGUUUUCCAAACAGUUAUGAAACAUGGCUUGCGACAUAUCAAUCUUCAUGAUUUUGCAAAUGAAGUAUGUUAGAGGAGAAUUUAGAGGUUUUUGGACAUAUUGGCCACAAUUCCGUGUGUUCCGGGAACCUGAAACCACCCGAGGAAGUGGCCAUUUCUCAAACAGUUAUGAAACAAGGCUUGCGACAUAUCAAUCUUCAUGAUUUUGCAAAACAAGUAUGGCAGAGGAGAAUUCAGAGGUUUUUGGACAUAUUGGACACCAUUCCGUAUGUUCCGGGAACCUGGAACCACCCGGGGAAGUAGCCAUUUUCCAAACAGUUAUGAAACAUGGCUUGCGACAUAUCAAUCUUCAUGAUUUUGCAAAUGAAGUAUGUUUGAGGAGAAUUUAGAGGUUUUUGGACUUAUUGGCCACAAUUAAGUGUGUUCCGGGAACCUGAAACCACCCGAGGAAGUGGCCAUUUCUCAAACAGUUAUGAAACAAGGCUUGCGACAUAUCAAUCUUCACGAUUUUGCAAAACAAAUAUGUUAGAGAAGAAUUCAGAGGUUUUUGGACAUAUUGGCCACCAUCUUGGAUGUUCCGGGAAUCUGGAACCACCCAGGGAAGUGGCCAUUUCCCCAAACAGUUAUGCGACACGUUUUGCGACAAAUCAGUCUUCAUGAUUUUGCAAAACAAGUAUAUUAGAGUAGAAUUCGAAAAUUUUUGGACAUAUUGGCCACAAUUUCGGAUGUUCCGGGAACCUGGAACCACCUGGGGAAGUGGCCAUUUUCCAAACAAUUGUAAUACAUGGCUUGCGACAAAUCAGUCUUCAUGAUUUUGCAAAACAAGUAUGUAAGAGUGGAGUUCAGAGGUUUUUGGACAUAUUGGCAACCAUAUCUGGAUGUUCCGGGAAAAUGGUCACUUCCUUGGAUGGCUGCAAAGUCCCAGAUCAUCCGGAGUAUUAUCCAAUAUGUCCACAACCAUCUGGAUUCUCCUCUAACCUACCUAAUUUGCAAAAUCAUGAAGAUUGAUAUGUCGCAAGCCAUGUUACAUAACAAUUUGGAGAAUGGCCACUUCCCCGGGUGGUUCCAGGUUCCCGGAACAUUUGGGAUGGCGGCCAAUAUGUUCAAAAAUCUCUGAGUUCUACUCUAACUUACUUGUUUUGCAAAAUCAUGAAGAUCGAUAUGUCUUAAGCCAUGUUUCAUAAUUGUUUGGGAAAUGGCCACUUCCCCAGGUGGUUCCAAGUUCCCGGAACAUCCGAAAUUGUGGCCAUUGUGUUCAAAAACCUCUGAAUUCUCCUUUAACAUACUUGUUUUGCAAUAUCAUGAAAAUUGAUAUGUCCAAAAACCUCUAAAUUCUACUCUAACAUAUUUGUUUUGUAAAAUCAUGAAGAUUGAUAUGUCGCAAGCCUUGUUUCAUAAAUGUUUGGGAAAUAGCCACUUCCGCGGGUGGCUCCAGAUUCCCGGAACAUCCGGGGUCGUAGCCAAUAUGUCCAAAAAACCUCUGAAUUCUCCUCUAACAUACUUGUUUUGCAAAAUCAUGAAGAUUGAUAUAUCGCAAGGCAUGUUUCAUAAUUGUUUGGAAAAUGGCCACUUCCCCAGGUGGUUCCAAGUUCCCAGAACAUCCGUAAUUGUGGCCAAGAUGUCCAAAAACCUAUGAAGUCUCCUUUAACAUACUUGUUUUGCAAAAUCAUUAGAAUGAUAUGUCGCAAGCCAUGUUUCAUAACGAUAUGAAAAAUGGCCACUUCCCCGAGUGGUUCCAGGUUCCCGGAACAUCCGGAAUUGUGGCCAAUAUGCCCAAAAACGUCUAAAUUCUCCUCUAACAUACUUGUUUUGCAGAAUUAUGAAGAUUGAUAUGUCGCAAUCCAUGUUUCAUAACAAUUUGGAAAAUGGCCACUUCCCGGGUGGUUCCAGGUUCCCGGAACAUCCGGGAUGGCGGCCAAUAUGUCUUAAAACCUCUGAAUUCUACUCUAACAAACUUGUUUGGCAAAAACAUGAAGAUUGAUAUGUCGCAAGCCAUGUUUCAUAACUGUUUGGAAAAUGGCCACUUCCCCGGAUGGUCCCAGGUUCCCGGAACAUCCGGGAUGGCGGCCAAUAUGUCAAAAAAAACCUUUGAAUAUUCCUUCAAUAUACUUAGUAUACACAAUUAUGAAGAAUGAAUCAUGACAAGCCUGUUUUUAGAAUUAUGCGAGAAAAAAAUGUCAUGUGUAGGGAACGUUUGAGAAGUGUCCUCCGAACGCACCCCAAACGCGACCCGGAACAUCCGGAACCAAAACCAGACAAUCCCAAUUUACUCAAACUAUGCGUCUGUAAUAAUAAAAAGAUAAUUGAACAUGUUUUCAAUCAUAUUGCAUGUGUUUUUUACAAGUAAUCAGUGAUUAAAAGGAAGUUGGUCCAUUUUUGACCUGAUUUGACCCAUAUAACCCCUUCAAUAACUCAGACCUCAAGGACCAAAAUACCAAUUAAAAAUUUUUCCAUACAACUAGAGAUGUAGCGCGGUCUUCGUACAAAAUUUCGUAAAAAUCGGUUGGAAAAUGAAGUCACCGUGAUUUUUUGAAAUUAAAUUCCCAACUAGGACCGAAACGGGUUAACUGAUACAAAAAGUUUCAAAUUUAGUUCACAUUCCACAUUCCACAUUCCAACUUAAUUUAACAACUGUUUCACCGGAUCGUACUAUUUUUUGUUCACUAAUAACUUCACUACUAAUCACGUUUUUGUUCUCUGUAACGUUCUUUUUGUAAUCUUAUCCUUUAUACCUACAAAACACAAGAACACAUGUUGCGUCGAGUAAGAGAUUGGCCCUUUUAGAUUAUAAGCGUGCCUCAUGCUAACAUACGAGAGAAUGAAUAUGUCAAAACAAAGAGAUAAAAAUGACGAGAAGAACGUGCAUGUGGAUGGUGAAAUUGUUGCGAAUGCUAAAUAGUGAAUUUAACUUGAAUUUCUUGAACUAUUUCUCAUUAAACAUAGUGAAUUGUAUUAUUUACCUAGUGGAUUCCUAUUCUCAUGCAAUAUAUUGUUUAUAUUGGUAAAAUUUCUAUCCUAAACUAAAAUUAUAUUGUAUAACCUAAAAUUCCAUAUUAUCCAGAUAGGAAACCUAAAAUUAGCGCUCUAAAGCACAUAAUACUCCAAAUCUAUCUUUCAAAUCUGUAAAAGAAUCUGAACCAUCUAAAUACCCGCUCAGUAUCAAGUGCGCUGCUAUAAAAUUGGUUAAAGACCAAUUUUCGAGUUGCUCAUCGGACAACUACGGAAAGUUUUUUACAAGCUCGAAAAUUGCGGCACACUGCACACAGGAUGAGCGGAAAGUAUUCUAGGGCAUCAAUGCCGACGUCGCCUCAGAGCUGCAAAGGAUGCGAUCGUCCCAUUCAUGCAGACAAUAUGGUUGCGUGUGACCAGUGCAACAAAUGGUGGCACUUCGAUUGUGCAAGAGUGCCAGCUUCGAUUAGUGAGAGGUCGUGGGUUUGUACAUAUUGUACCGAGGGCCAUAGAUCACUAAAGUCAUGUAAGUCAACCAGCUCAACAGCCCGUCUACGGCUGCGACAACUCGCGGAAGCAAAAGCGCUUGAGGAUCGCAUCCAAAUCGAAAAGGCUGAAAGGGAUCGAGCUUACCUUGCACAAAAACAUCAAUUAGAAAUCGAAGUCGAGUCUGGAGGUACGGAGACAUGCAGCAGCAAAAGCUCUGGAACUUCCCAUGAUCGUCGUAGGAUGUUGCAGGAUUGGGUGGAAGAGCAAAGCUCCCUAGAAGGCGCAGUAGGUGGCCUAGCGCUGACUGAAUCAGGACCGUCGACCGAACUACCGUCCACCGUUCUGAGAACAGGAACAAUCCCCAAAACUGUUCCUGGGAAUUUUCAAUCAACGCCUAUCUUCACAUCGACUGCGGAACUACCAAUAGUACAUCGAAGAGCAACAGUGCUGGCCGCAGAGGACGUUGAACCCGACGAUCUUGCGCAAGAUAAGCAACUAGCCCAUGCAUCGAUGUACGAUAAUCCGUUGAAUAUACGUCACGCACCGUCGAUCUAUUCCAACCGAAGUCAGCUACGUCGGGCUCCAAUACACUCGUCCGCUGGUCAAACAAUGCCGUUGGCUCCACCGACUAACACGUUCGGCAUACUGGAACCAACCGCUUCGGGAAACCAUAUGAUGAGCGAGGAGCUACAUACGCUUGCACCAAUUCUGAGAACGGAAUCACAUCGACCUUUACGUGAGGAACAUCAACAACGUCUCGUUAAUCCAGCGGCACCACAAAGGCUAGAACAAUCCCAGUACACUUUCGAGGAAGCUGUACCGGCCGCCCAGCGAAGUACCCCCCAACCCGCACCUAGAGGUCUGUACGCUACCGAUCAAGAAAUGUUCGCUCAGUGCCAUGGUGCUCAUGCUCUCUCUGCACAUAUACACACUGCAGCAAAAGAACAAGAUCGGCAUGUGAGUUACCACCAACCACAUACUCCUUCACGAUUGUCGAAUGAUAGGGGAAAUAAUCGUCAAUUUAUAUACUCCUCUCAACCGAUGGCCGUCCAUCAUGGUGUGCGUGCGAACGAACACCAGUCCAUAGCCGAGCCUACAGUUUCAUCGCUACGAGCUUCAGAUCCACAUAACCAGCAGCGUUCUGUUUACCAACAAAACCAAUCAGUGCAACAGCAUCCUUCGGUGGGACAGGUCGGUCUAAUUAGCGCUCAGCAACUCGCCGCUAGACAAGUGGUUCCCAGAGAAUUGCCGAAAUUUUCAGGCGACCCCUUGGAAUGGCCAAUGUUUCUCCAAGCCUUCGAAACAACAACUCAGCUAUGUGGUAUACAACUCGACGAAAAUUUGGCAAGGCUUCAGAAAUCUCUCGUCGGUAGUGCUCGAGAAAAGGUCCAAAGCAUCCUCACACUGCCGGCGGCUGUUCCAGAUAUCAUUGGCACCCUCCGAGAUGAAUGUGGUCGGCCCGAUCAAUUGGUGCACCGACUCCUGAUAAGUUGGACACACUCAUCACCUUUGGACGCGAGGUCAGCAACCUCGUGACGUAUAUUGAAGCAGCAAACCUCCAAGCUCACCUUUCCAACCCUAUGUUACUCGCUGAGAUGGUGUCUAAACUUCCACCAAACCUCCGCCUGGAUUGGGAACUGCAUUCAAAGUCAACUGGGGACGUAUCAUUGAAGGCUUUUAGCGAAUACGUAGCUACUAUAAGGUCUGCUGCAUGUCACGUAUCAUUGCCAUCAGAACAGUUCCAGCUCGAAGAUUCGCAGAUGAGAAAGAAGGACAAGCAGAGCUUCGUCAACGCUCACAUCUCCGAUGAGACCGAGAAAUCGACAGCUACGAAUUUUACCGAUGUUAAACCUUGUCCAGUAUGCUACCAGACCGGACACAAAAUACGCGAUUGUGAAAGGUUCAAAGACUCAUCGGUAGAAGAAAGGUGGAAAACAGUUGAACAGCGUAAUUUGUGUAAGCGCUGUCUUGUUGGCCAUGGAAAGUGGCCAUGCCGAACUAAACAACCUUGCGGGCUGAACGGAUGUACUGAGCAACAUCACAGAUUGCUGCAUGCCGAUCGAGCUGUAGUCAAAGAGACAGAUUCAGAUUCAUCAGCUCUGGUGUCUACUCACCACUGUCUCGUUCAUUCAACAUUUUUCAAGAUUCUUACUGCCACGCUCCAUGGUGCGGGGAAAACAAUCAAAACCUAUGCCUUCUUAGAUGAUGGGUCAAGUCAUACGCUGUUAGACCAAGAUUUAGCUGACGAACUUGGUCUCGACGGAGAACCUGUACCACUUUGCCUUCAGUGGACCGCAAAUGUAACCAGGAAAGAACCUAAUUCAAGGAAAGUGAGCUUGAGCAUUUCAAACGUGAAUGGAGGAUCCCGAUAUGAUAUGUCUGAUGUGCGUACCGUGAGAAAACUUGACCUCCCUCGUCAAACCAUGGACUACGAACAGUUGUCUGGCCAGUUUCCGCAUUUGCUAGGUUUGUCGAUUGGGAGCUAUCGUGAUGCUGUUCCCCGUAUACUAAUUGGCGCAAACAACGCGAAUUUGAUAUUGGCAUUGGCUCGACGCGAAAGAAGAGUGGGUGAACCUGUAGCAACUAAAACGCGUCUCGGAUGGACUGUUUUCGGUGGCGCACGAACCGCAACCGAACCCGCCAACCUUAUGGUUCACAAAUGUGGAUGUUCGCAAGACGACGCACUGCAGGAGCUUGUCAAGGAUUAUUUCGCCAUGGAUAAUUGCGGGGUCAAUAGUCCAACUAUGGAAUCGGCAGAAGAUCAGCGUGCAAGGAAAAUUCUGCAGGAAACAACCAAACGCACACCAUCCGGCAAGUUUGAAACAGGUUUGUUGUGGCUUAGUGAUGCUAUCGAAAUGCCAGACAGCUACCAUAUGGCUGCAAGGCGACUGAAAUGCCUCGAGAGAAGUCUGAAUAAAGAUCCGGAAUUGAAAAAGAAAGUUGAUGCCUCGAUAGAAGAAUAUCUACAAUUAGGGUAUGUACAUGUAGCGAUUGAUGAUGAACUUCGCACAACAAAUCCAAAGCGCAUCUGGUAUUUGUCAUUGGGAGUGGUACGUAAUCCCCGUAAGCCGGACAAGGUACGCGUUGUCUGGGACGCUGCGGCAACAGUGAAUGGCGUCUCAUUGAAUUCCCUUCUCUUGCCUGGGCCUGAUUUACUGACGCCUCUACUCACUGUCUUAUGUCAAUUCCGACAACGACAGUAUGCUGUUUCGGCAGAUAUACGUCAGAUGUUUCAUCAGCUGAGAAUCAGACAAGAAGAUCGACAAGUACAAAGGUUCCUGUAUCGCUCUGAUUCCCAAUCUGAACCGACGAUAGACAUACUGGACGUCGCCACGUUUGGCGCCACUUGUUCGCCGUGUUCAGCUCAAUAUGCCAAAAACUUAAAUGCAUCUGAGCACCACAGCAAAUUUCCUGACGCAGCAGAUGCAGUUGUCAACAACACGUACGUUGACGACUACCUAGAUUCUCGGGACACCAUCGAAGAGGCUGUUCAAUUGUCACUGGAUGUACGGGCAAUCAACCUAAAAGCUGGAUUUGAGUUGAGGAACUGGCAAUCAAAUUCCAAAGAAAUUUUGCGACGUGUUGGGGAUAAAUGCAUUGAACCUGAUAAGAGUUUUGCUGUAGAAAAAGCGACACCAAUGGAGCGAGUCUUGGGGAUGUCAUGGAAAACAGAAGAAGAUGUCUUCGUAUUUUCAGCUCAGUUUCGUGAAGACCUACUGCCUCUUCUGCCAGGCGAUAUUGUGCCCACUAAACACCAAGUUUUGAGGAUAGUCAUGAGCUAUUUUGACCCACUGGGGAUCAUAACCAACUAUACUAUCCAUGGAAGGAUACUUCUUCAGGACAUUUGGCGCUCUAACAUCAAGUGGGAUGAUCCUAUCACUGACGGAGACUUCGCAAACUGGCGGCGAUGGGUAUUACUGGCACCACAGCUUGGCAAUGUUAUGAUCCCGCGUUGCUACUUCCCGGGCUAUGGCAUUGGCAGCUAUGACUCGCUACAGCUGCACGUCUUUGUAGAUGCCGGGGACCAGGCCUACGGGGCUGUGGCAUAUUUUCGUAUCGUGGAUCGGGGGAUACCACGAUGUGCUCUCGUAGCUGCGAAAGCAAAAGUUACACCAUUGAAACCCGUUUCGACUCCACGAUCUGAGCUCAAUGCUGGAGUUAUUGGAGUUCGACUCAUGAAGACGAUAGAGAAACAUCAUUCGUUGGCAAUCAAAAAACGGUUUUUGUGGACAGAUUCUACGACUGUUCUAUCUUGGCUUAGGGCCGAUCCUCGCAAAUAUUGACAAUAUGUGGCACUGAGGGUCUCCGAAAUACUUACCGGAAGCGAGGUGAGUGAAUGGUAUUGGAUCGCUACGUUGAAGAAUAUUGCUGACAAGACAACAAAAUGGGGUCAUGGGCCUAAUUUUGAACCAGAGUGUGAGUGGUAUACUGGACCAAGUUUUCUUCUUCAAUCAGAAGCCGAAUGGAUCAUCAAGCAACCAAACAUAGAAGAUCCACCAGAGGAGCAUAAAACGAUUAAUGUUCAUCUAGAAAUACCCGUUGAUCCGAUAAUGGACUUCACAAAAUUUUCCCAACUUAAUCCGUUGCUGAGAAGGUUGGCACAUCUACACCAUUUUCGACGAAGUUGUGCUCGUAAACCGAGGCACCCAUCAACAACACGCAAGGUUCUGCUAACUCAAGAAGACUACGAGGCAGCUGAGAAAAGUCUAUGGAGAAUUAUUCAAGCGCAAGAGUUUCCUAGCGAGAUUGACACCCUGAAAGAGAAUGCUGCGAAACCUGUGAAUGAACGAGUACGUUUGGAAAAAUCGAGCUGUUUGGCCAAAUUAUCACCAUUCAUCGAUAAGGACGGGAUUAUUAGAAUGGAGAGCCGCAUUGAUCCGAAGGCUGCUUACUACGCUUUCGACUUUCGUAUUCCCAUUGUGCUUCCAAAACAGAGCCAUGUUACGGAGUUGUUGAUCCUGCAACAUCACCAAACAUUCGGGCACGCUAAUGUUGAGAUCGUUGUGAAUGAGUUACGACAGCGGUAUUAUGUACCAAGGUUACGGACUCUGGUCAAGAGUAUAGUGAAACGCUGCAUGUGGUGUCGCGUAUAUCGUGCCGUUCCACACCCACCGAAGAUGGCAGCGUUACCUCAACCUCGAGUUCAACCGUAUGUACGACCAUUUUCCUAUGUCGGCGUGGAUUAUUUUGGUCCGAUGAUCAUCAAAAGAGGCCGCACUAAUGUUAAACGCUGGGUGGCCCUCUUUACGUGCUUCACGGUGAGGGCAGUACAUUUAGAAGUGGUGCAUUCUUUGUCGACUAAUUCGUGCAAAAUGGCCAUCCGUCGCUUCAUAGCCCGAAGAGGAUCACCGCGAGAAAUUUUUAGCGACAAUGGGACGAAUUUUCGAGGUGCAGCACGAGAGCUGGCAGAGGAAAUAAAAAGCAUCAACAGCGGAAUUGCAUCUACAUUUACGAAUGCAGAUACCAGGUGGAACUUCAACCCACCAGCCGCUCCCCACAUGGGAGGCGUAUGGGAGCGGAAGGUUCGUUCCAUAAAGGAAGCUUUCAAAUCAUUAAGUCAUCGUGAUAAACUCGACGACGAGGAGUUUUCAACAUUUUUGAUGGAAGCGGAAAUGAUUGUGAAUUCUCACCCGUUGACACAUGUUCCUCUAGAUGAACCCAACCAAGAAGUAUUGACGCCCAACAGCUUCUUAUUAAUGGAUUCCAGCGGUACCAGAAAUAGUGCUACCAUAUCUGUCAGCGAUCCCAUAUCGCUGAAGAGAAAUUGGAAACUCUUAAAUCAUCUACUGAAUCAGUUCUGGCAGACCUGGAUUAAGGCCUAUCUACCAACCAUUGCACAGAGGACGAAAUGGUUUGCCGAAGUACGCCCGCUACGAGUCGAUGAUCUAGUUGUCAUUGUCGAUGAAGGAGUUCGCAAUGGAUGGCUACGUGGACGCGUGGUUAAAAUAUAUCAAUCGGAUGAUGGGCAAGUUAGAAAAGUAGAUGUUAGAACAGAUUCUGGACUUUUUCAACGGGCCGCAACAAAAGUAGCAUUACUCGACAUACAGAACGAUAGUAAGACUAAUUAAAUAUUAUGUAUUACGGGGUGAGGUGUUGCGUCGAGUAACUUCACUACUAAUCACGUUUUUGUUCUCUGUAACGUUCUUUUUGUAAUCUUAUCCUUUAUACCUACAAAACACAAGAACACAUGUUGCGUCGAGUAAGAGAUUGGCCCUUUUAGAUUAUAAGCGUGCCUCAUGCUAACAUACGAGAGAAUGAAUAUGUCAAAACAAAGAGAUAAAAAAGACGAGAAGAACGUGCAUGUGGAUGGUGAAAUUGUUGCGAAUGCUAAAUAGUGAAUUUAACUUGAAUUUCUUGAACUAUUUCUCAUUAAACAUAGUGAAUUGUAUUAUUUACCUAGUGGAUUCCUAUUCUCAUGCAAUAUAUUGUUUAUAUUGAUAGGAAACCUAAAAUUAGCGCUCUAAAGCACAUAAUACUCCAAAUCUAUCUUUCAAAUCUGUAAAAGAAUCGUAAGUUUCUCUAAAACUAGUGUAAAAUUGGAUUGCUAUUAAUAUUAAUCUCUUUAAUUGUAGUGAACCAUCUAAAUACCCGCUCAGUAUCAAGUGCGCUGCUAUAAGUUUGGUUAAAGACCAAUUUGUAAGUCUAUUGAACUAAAUAUGGAUACAAAUCUAAUAUAAAUAAAUUUCAGUCGAGUUGCUCAUCGGACAACUACGGAAAGUUUUUUACAACACAUUAUAUACACUAAAUUCACAUAACCUCAAAUAUAAAUUUUAUGCGACGCCCACUCACUAUCUUGAUAGUCUUAGGCGGAGCAAAAGCAUUUCCAUCAGUUCGGGUUGGUUUUGUUAAGGGUAGGUAGAUUUUUUUUGAAAACCGAAGUUAAACGAAUUAGGUAGCCAUUCGGCUAAAAGAGAUGGCCACACUUCCCCUCAAAGAGAGAGUUAGGUCAACUCUCUCAGCCUGGUUGGGAUCUUUACUCACACCGCUGUCAAUGAGUGUGAGUGCGAGCACUGGAACGAGUGAUAAUCCAAUAAACUGUGGACUUCAACAUUGACAACUAAGGAUGCAGCCACCAGUGAGGCUGUCAGUGAGAUAUUUUUCCAGGGUCGGAUUUAGGUGUUAGGGGCUCACUGGCAGGUGGGUUUAAUGGUGGGAAACUUGUGGAGAAGCCAACAAGGAACACAUAUGGGACCAGCGGUUACACAUCUAGGCAUAUUAUGCACCAUUAUGAUGUGGUUCACAAGUGAAUUUGAUGCACCAUUUUGACAUUUCGCGUACAAAAUAGCAUUCCUUGAUCCUGGUCUAUGUUGAUUUCUGUGUCGUAUUGAGUUGUAUUGAUAAAACUAAUGCACCAUACAAACAUCAUGUAGCUCCUUUGUAUUCCAUGCACCACCAUGAUGAUCACAUAAAUAUCCAAGCACCAUCUCACGCGUCAUCUAAGCAUUUAAUUCACAUUUGAAUUUCAUAAGCUCCAUUUUGCCAUAUCGUACACCAAAUUGUAUUCCAUGUUCUUGAUCCAUGUUGACUUCCGCACCACAUUAAAUUCUAUGCAUCAUUUUUGCAAUUCUUGCAUUUUGGAUCUUAUCACCCAAUGUUGAGAAUCACUGAAUCAUGGUGGCAACAAAUGCACCCCUGAUACAUACAAUUUCUUAGUAUCUCAUGCACACCCAUGAUGUUCUCAGAAUCAUUUUUAGGCUAAUCUCACGCACCAUCUUUUAACUAAUCAGUGAUGCCAGCACCAUAUUCACCAUUUUUGCAAUUCGUACACCUAGCCAUACACAAUGUCGAGUGUCGCUGAAUAACGGUGACAACUAAUACAGCACACUAACAACAUGUACCUUCUUCAAAGCGUCCACAGAAUGAACUAGGUAUCCACGCAUUAUGCUGAUCUCAUGCACUAUCUUUUAAUCAACUAGAAAUCAAAUGCAUCAUACUGAUAUUCACCAUCGUUAAAUUUCAUGCACCAUCAAAGCUUUCCAAGCACCAUUUCAGCGUUUAUUAUAUCAUCUAGGCGUCUGAUGCACCAUUAUGUUGUGAGCAUCACAUAAAAUACUUUUAUUCGGUAUUCUAUGCACCAUUUUUUGCAAUUCGUGCACCUAACCAUGCAACAUGUUGAUAAUCUUUGAAUAACGGCGACAACUAAUGCAGCAUCAUACGCCUUCUUCAAAGCUUUUCAUGCACCAUUUUGGCAUUCAUUAUACCAUCUAGGUAUCUUAUGCACCAUUAUGAUGUGGUUUACAUUUGAAUUUGAUAUACCAUUUUGACAUUUCGCAUACAAAAUAGUAUUCCACGUACCUGGAACAUGUUGAUUUCUGUGCCACAUUGAGUUUCCUGCACCUUUGCACGAAUUGCAUGUGCACCUUAAUAUGAAACAUGACGAGUAUAUCAGAAUCAUAGCUAAUGCACCAUACAUCUGUACAUCAUUCAUUCCAUGCACCACCAUGAUGUUCACAGAAUCAUCCAGGCACCAUCUCACGCACCAUCUUUGAAUCAAAUAUGUGUCUAAUUGCGAAAUAAUGCACCAUCGUUAAAUUUUAUGCAUUACCAAAGCUUUCAAUGCGUAAUCGUGGCGUAUAUCUGUAGUAAUCCGUGAAGGCAUUCCAGGAGAAAUCCCUGGAGAAAUUUCAGGAGGAAUCCUUGAAGGACUUUCUGGAGGAAUCCCUGAAGGCAUUACUUAAGAAGUGCUUGAAAGAAUUCUGGAACGUAGCUCUCAAAAACUGAAAGAGGAGUCUAGAGAAAUUUCUGUAGAAUUUGCAGGGGAAACUACUAAAGGAAUUGCUGGAAAAAUUAUUGAAGGAAUUCCCUGGAGGCAUUCCCAAAGGAAUCCUUGAAGAAUUUCCUGGGGGAAUCCGUAGAGGAAUUCGUGAAAAAAUCAUGGAGGAAUUUGUUGAGAAAUAUUUUGAAAAACUCCUGGACAAAUUUCUGGAAGAGUUCCAGCAGGGGCUCAUUAACGAACCCCUGGAGUAAACUCUGGAGGCAUUCCUGCAAGAAACCCUGGAGAAAUUCCUGGAAGAAUUUCUGGAGGAUUCUC